ACGCACAACCUGCUCUGCCACACACUGACUCAGGAGCAAAUCCUCAAGAUCAUCGCCUUGUGCCCCAAUGUCAGAAACUAGUUCGUCACGCCGUAUGCCUGGCACAUGGAUGAGGAGUCUUGGAUGGAUCUCGCCGUGGGAGUCGCGUCUCUUAGACGCCUCCGGCGGCUGCACUUCUCUCUCCACUGCAUGUUCGUAAAAGACUUUGAUGGAGGAGAAGCUAGUGCUUCUCACGAUUGGGAGUGCGCCCUGAUCCAUACACCGUUGUUCUUCACGCUCAAGCAGCUCACGCAUCUCGAGAUCUUCUCCGGCCUUGGUGAGGCGUCGGACGAUGGCGCGCCUCAUCCGAGGUGGAAACUACUCGCCGAGCUCCCGCUUCUGACGCAUCUAGCCUUGAACUGGCUGGAGCCCGAGCUCUGGCGCGCCCUGCUCCGUGCGCCGAUGCAUCUCCAAGUCCUGGCCAUCCUCACGUCGUUCGAUCCAUCGUUCCGGCCCACCGCCAUCGCGGAUGGGGUCCCAGAUGAUGAUCCUCGUUUUGUUGUUAUCAACCAGGACCGCUUUGCCGAAGAUUGGCAGAAGGGUGCAGUCGCGGGCGAGGAUUACUGGAAUGCGGCGGAGAGAUUUAUCGAGAAAAAGAAAAACGGAUUGAUUGAGCAGGAUGCGUUUUACAUCGAGUUGGUUGACAGCUCCAUGAAUGAAAAUUGAGUAAAGAUUCCGAAACCAGUGUGAGGAAGCGACCGGGGUCAACGAAGAUGAACAUAUUUUUCAGUCCAACGAAAGGGCAGAGAAAAGCCCUGGACAUUGACUGGGCUAUUUCGCAGAGCUUGGUAUGCGGCUCGGAAUGUGUCUUGUCUGAUGAUGAAGGAUACUGGCAUAACAAAAGUUCCGCGUGAGUUCGUAAAAAAGCUCCUCCACAGAGGAUGUGUCAACGAUUUUUAUCGCCAGGAUUCGAAAGUCAACACAGCUGCCAUGUCAGUAUUACAGCCUAUUUCCCUGGAAAAAUUUCCAUACAUGGACUGCCUUCCUCGUGCCAUCAUUUGCAAAGAAUCAUUUCCGGCGGACCCGGUAAUGCUACUUAACUCGCAGGCAAAACCCUGGCCUGAAUUAACCAUCCCAUCUCAUUCGUAUCAUCCCUUAUCAGUCCAAUGCUUUCUUCGCCGAUGACUAAUGUGAGUUUCAAGGACUGAAAGUUCGGCGUUCUAAGGAUUUGGCGAGUCCUCCAUCGAAGACGAGUGAAUUUUCUCCGUUGGAUUUCGGAGUUGCUGGUACACUGACAAAAAUUGAUCAUAUGGGUUGUUGCUCAUUCUAUCGCGCAUCUGGGACUACAGGGGGCGAAGCCUUCAAUCUGUCACGUGCCGUCAUGGCCCAAUGUCACAUUCAUCUUCUCCUGUGACUGUCAAAUCUGCUGACCGGCCCGCUUCUUUUUCGCUGCUAUCUUGCUGCUAUCCGUUGGCUAUUCGCCUACUAUACCCUGCGCAAUCAGCGAACGACGUGACCUUCGUGAACACUACAAGUAAGGGCAUGUCGCGUGGGUGUACGCCGGAACGAGGGAAUCACGCUGCACUAUGAGCAUCUGCGACCCAUGUAGGUACGGUCUGUUCUGCUUUGGUUGGCCCGGGCUGACGCGGCGGCCCCUCAGAAUCAUCGAAGGCGUAUGUUUGUCCCAACUCGGACUUGCACACAAGGAUCUGACCCUUCUGAGACCUGCGACGGAGCUUUGCCUGCAUGUACCCAGUGCCAGAUACGCUCUGUCCCGUGCACUUACCAAUACGAGCGACCGUGCAGCCCUGAGGACGACUUCUUUGGGCCUUGGGGGCUGGAUGAGACUACCGCGGCUGUACUGUUGGGCGGAGGUGGGUGUCGCCGGCGUUCGGAAGCCGUGGGCGCUAAUUUCAAAGCUCAGGCAGUCGUUCAAGCUCGCCGGAGUCGAUACGUAGCGGCCGAUACUACGAUAGACUGACUACGGCCUCGCCGUACGAUCGGAUGGCGAGUGUCUCGCCGUUUGAGACGCGCUCGGUGCAUUCCCCCUACGACCGCUUGUCUGGACCGUCACCAUUCGAGCGAUUGUCGAGCGGAUCGCCAUUCGAUAGAUUGACUACGCCCUCUCCAUUCGACCGCAUCAUGUCGCCGACCACUUCUCCGUGAGUUUUGCGAGAAUGCAAAGCCUGACGACCUCGUCUUAAUGUCACUUGUAGCCACGACCCCAACUCCUUCCUUAGCCGCUUCUCCCACUCUCCGCUCUUCUUUCUCGACAUCUUGUGGUUCCGACAGUCGUUUCCAGGCGCUGUCGACUCGGAUCUCCGCACUGCCGUGUACAUGUGGACAAGCUUCCCAAUGGCUGAUACCACUCUGUCCCAAACCGUGGAGACGCUGGCGAAAGCUGUUCCCGCCAGUGACGACUCGAGCACAAUUCUUCAGACGGUGCAGGGGCAGAUCAUCGUGUCGUACUACUGCCUGGACACCGGCUGGCGCGAGCAGGGGAUGAAUCUCUGUGGAGCAGCGCUCUCGCUUGGUUCCUGGGCGGGGAUCUCUGCGUCAGACACGAACUCUUCAUCGACGUCUCUGGAGCGAAACAAGGCGUUUUGGGCGCUGUUUCUGCUUCAUAAUCUAUGGGUCGCUUCGUUUGGCGUGAGUUCGAGUCUUCCGUACGAUCCGCGGGACGUGAGUGUGCCUUGGCCGUGCAGCGGGAGGCUUGCGAGCGGAUCCCAGUUCCCUAUUGCCGAGUUUCUCGAUGCAAAGUCCGAUGUCUCGACAGAUUCCGCAACGCUCUUUCUGCAGGCGUCGAUUCUUUUGCAGCAAGUUGUGACGUUUUGCAUGGAACGCCAAGGCAAGGCCAUACUCGAGCUGAUGAUGGCUGAGCUCAUUUCAGAGACAGGCGACAAGUCGGAUGCUGAUCGGUUUGCGAAGCUUCAAACACGGCUGAGGUCCUUCGUUGGGCAUCUGCCUCCGCUAGUCUCGACAGAACCAAUCGCGGAUGAAAAGUAUCAAGUCGCACUGAUCACGCGGUGUCUGCUCAAUGCCUCGGUUCUCCGAUUGCACGCAUUCGGGCACAGCGGCUCUGGAACCGCCCCAGCCGUGGACUCUGCGGCUCGUGCGGCAUCGAAUCGGUUCGUGUCGGACAUCCGGCAUGCUCAGAAGCGGCGAUUCGAGUGGGUGGAUCCUGUGCUUGGACCAUUACUGUCCACUGCAUGCUUCUUCAAUUCUUCGAAUGCAUCGAGGGUUCCCGAAGCGGUGUCGAAUAUCCGGACGCUUGCCUCGGCCAUGUCCAUCUGUGCUGGGCAUUCUACACUGAUUCAGCAGUGCUGGGAUGCGACGAUCAGCUCAUUGCACGCUCAGGGAUUGUCCAGUGCCUUGUUCUGAUGCCCAGGACUGCUGCCUGACACCCCGACAUCAACGUGUUUGCUUUCCAUUCACACCAGUCUGCGACGCGCCUGGAGGGGAAACCAGGGACCAACUGCGUACUAGAUUGUAGUAGCUCUUCAAUUGAUCUAUGGUCUUCGUACUAUUGGUCCACCUCCAUGGAUUGUUGGAUAUUACUGUGUGCAUGUGCAGCCAAUUUUGCUGGACUAGAUACAGAUAAUGAAUGGCUGAGUGGCUUGGUCGACUAGGCAGAGAGGAUCAGUUCAGGACACUUCCGCAACAAUGAGCAAACGCACUCUUCACACCGGAAGCCAGAGCGGCUCGUUCCAACACUCUCCUGCUCCUCGCAGAUGCAUUGAAAUGCCCACACCAUGGACACUUGUACUCUGCAAACCAGCAUCGGUCAUUUCUUACCGCACGGCCCAAAAGUGAGGAAACGCACGCGCAUCCGCCCAGAUCGCCUCGGGCACCAAUCCGUUGUGCGCAAAACACCUCUCGCAGAUUAGCGCGAAGCGUUGCUUCGCGUCAUUCUGUUGCUGUAGCUCCGAGUCCGGGCCAAGCAACAGGUCCACGAGCGAGUCGAGCCACCCGCGUUGGCUAGGAUCAGGGGUGGCGGGCGGUGAGUCGAUUGGUGCGAGAGAAGGAUGUCCCGGGAAACGACUGGAUACUGGUGGGGCUUCGAGACGCGGAUGGGGUGCGGCUAGGGGGCGUAUGUCUGCUCGAGGCUGUGAGUAACAUUUAUGUCGGGAAUCGUACCGUCAUCGGGGAUCAGGAAGCAGCCAAACGCUAUUUAGAGCAGAUAGACACCCCAAAUUUGAACUGAUCAUGCGGGGAUCGUCGGACCCAGCGAGGCCGAAGAUAUGACGCUCG